AUGGAGAUCCCUGGAUAUCCUCUCUACAGCCCUAGGGACUUUGUCCAGGGUGCAAGCAGAGCAGAGUGGUUGCUGUCAUUGCAGAUGCCAGUGACAUUCGAAGAUGUGGCCGUCUACUUCUCCCAGGAGGAGUGGGCAGUACUGGACCAACAACAGAAGAAGCUUUACCAGGACGUGAUGAGGGGGACCUAUGAGUUGGUGACCUCGAUGGGUACUAGGAAUGGGAUCAGAAGGGAGGUUAAAGAUGUCAGAGACAAUAUGGAAGAGCCAAAGACAUUUACCUUCUUGAUGAAGGCAGAGAGUAUUGUCAAAGACCCCCUAAAGCGGAGAAACAGUAAUGGAGAAAAGUCCUGGAGAAAACAGGCCUAUGGAGGAAGGCUUCAGGCGCCCCAAAGGCCACCAGAGAAAAAGAAACCCCCAACCUGUGCCGAGUGUGACAAGAGCUUCAGAAGCAACACAGCCUUGAUCAUCCAUGAGCGCAGCCACACCGGGGAGAGGCCUUUUAAGUGCCCCGAGUGUGGGAAAGGCUUCCCUUCCAAGGGGGACCUGAAGCGGCAUGGCAAGAUCCAUGUGGGAAAGCAUGAUAGAACGGAGGGUGUGCUCAGAGACGCCCCUUCAGGGCAUGCCGUCCCCCAGGACAAAGGGAAGCCCCACAUCUGCCUCCAGUGUGGAAAAGGCUUCAAAAAGGCCCGAAAUCUCAAGAAACAUAUAAAUGGUCACCUGGCAGAAAGGCCCUUUGAGUGUGGGGACUGUGGCCAGCGCUUCCGCCUCAAGCAGGUCUUAGUGUCCCACAAGCGGACCCAUAUCGGGGAGAGGCCCCACGGCUGCCCUCAGUGCGGGAAGUGCUUCAGCCAGAAGCACCAUCUCCGGAGCCACCAGCGAGUCCACACCGGGGAGAGGCCCUUCCCUUGCUCGCUGUGCUCCCGAUGCUUCAGCCAGAAGCACCAUCUGGUCAGCCAUCAGCGCAUCCACACGGGGGAGCGCCCCUUCACCUGCGCCAGCUGUAGCAAGAGCUUUAAAGACAAGAAGACGCUGACCAUCCACCGCAGGGUGCACACGGGCGAACGGCCGUACACGUGCUCGCAGUGUGGCAAGGCCUGCAGCCAGAAGCAGCACUUGAAGAGCCACCUGAGGGUCCACCGGGCAGGGGGCCAAGGACUGCUCCCGUCAUGCCCAGGAGAAAAACCGUACCAGUGCGGGGUGUGCGGGAAGGCCUUCCGGGACAACAGGAUUAUGCUGGCGCACCAAAAGACCCAUGAGGAAGAGCCCAAACUCUUUCCAGCAAGGGGGGUUCUGUGA